GCAAGGACACAUUAGUUACAAACCAGAAAGAAGCAUGGAGCUUUUUCUUUCCCUGAUCUUCUUAGGCAUUGCAGCUGGCCUGGAAGAUGAUGAAAAGAUUGUUGGAGGAUAUGAAUGCCUGAGAAACUCUGUGCCCUAUCAAGUGUCGCUCUUCACUGGGUACAACCACUGCGGCGGCGUUCUGCUGUCUGAUCAGUGGGUGCUCUCGGCUGCACACUGCAAACCAAGCUCAGAUUUAGAGGUUCGACUGGGAGAGCAUGACAUCUGGGAACCCGACCAUACUGAACAGCACAUCAUGUCUGCCGCGUUCAUUCGCCACCCUGAUUACAAUCCCCGCACGCAGGACAGUGACAUCAUGCUGAUCAAGCUGAGUCAGCCUGCUACUCUGAAUAGCUAUGUGCAUCCUGCAGUGCUUCCAUCGGACUGCGGCAGUGCUGGAAUGAUGUGCCAGAUAUCUGGAUGGGGGAACAUUCGCCCCAGUGACGAGGGCUCAAGGUACCCAGACAAGCUGCAGUGCCUGGAAGUUCCUCUGCUGAGUGAUGACACCUGCUUCAAUGCAUAUCCCUUUCAGAUAACUGAAAACAUGAUAUGUGCUGGAUACCUGGAGGGAGGGAAGGAUUCCUGUCAGGGUGACUCCGGGGGUCCUAUGGUGUGUGAGGGACAGCUCCAGGGACUUGUGUCCUGGGGCCAUGGCUGUGCUCAGAGGAACAAGCCUGGAGUGUACACAAAAGUUUGCAAUUAUGUUUCCUGGAUCAAGACAACAAUGGCUUCUGGCUGAGGUGUAAAGCUAUAAAGUCAAACAAUUUGG